CAGUGCAAAGAUGCCUGGAAAGUUUGAGGACGCCGAUCGACGCCGUGAAUGCCGUAGAGCAGAGUACCUGAGAGACGAAAACCUACGACUUAAAGCUGAACUAAAAGAGAUCGAUCGCUCAAAUCUGGAACUGCAGAAGGACAUAAAGGAGGAGAAGACUCAGAUCCUGCACCUCUCCCAAGAGCUGAGGCAGAAGAAGACAGAGCUGGAAGACAUCACAGCAGAAACUGAAAGAGCGAAACUGAAACUAGAGGAAGAGCUCACCACUGAACAUGAAGACGAGGUCCUGAACGCUCAGAUAAAGGCCGGGAUUCGUUCGAUGUAUCAAAUGAUCGCACCUUACUGGAAAGAGUCUGAAGCUGUUGAGGACCCUUCAAGCAGCUGCAGCUGGAGCGAUCCCACUACUGAUCGACACGGGGGCUUUGACCUGCUCCGUCUCCGACCUGGGCCGGUUCACCCCUCCUUAGACGACCUGGCGGUCCCGAGCUCCCCCAGGAGCACCAUAUCGAUACCGAACUUAGCGCGGACUCCCGAUCGACAUAGUCCACGGCAGCCCAGAAGCCCUGAGCUCAAGCGAUCCGCCAGCCUCAGCCUCCCAGUAGCUUGGAUUACAGGCGCCGCCACCGCACCCGGCGAGAACCCGAGAGACUCAACCUGCUGCUCAACCUGCUGCUCGCUGCGCCCUCUAGCGCUGAAAACAAUAUCAGUUGUUACCAUAUACUACGCGUGA